AGUUUCUUUCCUCGGCAGCUCUCUCUCUCUCUCUCCCCUCCGCCCCGAAUUAUUUUAUGCUUCUCAAAACAUCAACACAAAAAUAAAACCGGUCUGGUUUUUGAGUUUCCGUUUAAGCUUAUGACUCAACCCUUAAAAUGCGCCUCCACCCAACCCUUCGAGUGUCUUUUUUUUUUUUUUUUUUGCAAUGACCCAAUGUUCCAUUUCCUCAGCUUAGUGGUUUCGUAAACUUUUGGUGGGCUUUUCUAGAUGGAUUUUGGGUGGGUGGGUUUUGAUGGAUUAAUGGGUUCAGACAGUGGUUUUUCUUCUCUUGCGUCAGAUCCUGAGACAAAGCAGAAGUGGCACGGAGCUGGAUUGCUCAAGCAGCAGAGAUCUGGUAACUCUGAAGAUGACUUGAGAAGCUCAAAGCUGGCCAAGACUGAUGACUUCUCUGCCUCCAAGGCGAUGCUACUUCAGCAGAAAAACGCUUUAUUGAGAUCUAGUUGCACUCUCUUCUCUGAUGGUCUGCAACAACAGCAAAUGCUAAGCUUCUCUUCUCCCAAAUCAGAAGUUCUUGUGGCGGAAAAGAACUCUCAGAAUGCCCAGGCAUUAUCUGCUUACACUAGAAAUACAGGCUAUAGCUCCGGGAGCUUGGAUGGUUCAAGCGUGCAUGGUUUUUUAGCUGGAGCCCGAGGGCCAUUCACUCCAUCUCAAUGGAUGGAGCUAGAACACCAGGCGUUGAUCUACAAAUACAUAACGGCAAAUAUGCCUGUACCAUCUAACCUGCUCAUCCCAAUUAGAAAAUCCCUUGAUUCUGUUGGGUUCUCUACUUUUCCAGGGGGGCUUCUGAGACCCAGUACAUUGGGAUGGGGUUCUUUCCAUCUGGGAUUCUCGAACAACACUGACCCUGAGCCCGGAAGGUGUCGUAGAACUGAUGGGAAGAAAUGGCGGUGCUCACGAGAUGCGGUAGUCGAUCAAAAAUAUUGUGAGCGGCACAUGAACAGGGGCCGCCAUCGUUCAAGAAAGCCUGUGGAAGGUCAAACUGGCCAUGCCAUCACCGGGACUACCUCCUCCACCAGCAGUACUAACUCAAAGCUGAUGCCUAUUGCUUCAUCCACAUCAGCAUCGGCGGUGGUGGUGCCCAGUAGUGGUGGCGGUGGCACGUCCAACAGCCUUGCCACUGCCAAUCAACCACUAAAGCACUUGCCGCACGAUGCAUCUAAUCCUUCCGCGGCCACCACCAACAGGAUGUUCGUCAACAAAGACAAUAUGGGUGAAAGAAUGCAAGAUCAACCGGGCCUCUCCAUGCUAUCUCCGGCCUCCAUUGACCAGAAACCGAAAGAAAGCUCGUUCACGAUUCAGAAACAGAAAAUGACAUACGAGCAACCCUCUAGAAAUGUGUUUGGGCUAGUCACUUCUGAUUCCCUCCUCAAUCCUUCUCAUAGAAGCUCCAGUCUAAUGAACUGUUCAUCGCAGGAGGUCAGUGACAGAGGAGCUGAAUCACAACAAUCUCUUCGUCAUUUCAUUGAUGACUGGCCCAAAGCCCAGGCGGAUCGUUCGGCCAUUUCUUGGCCUGAGAUGGGCAUGCGAUCAGACAGGACCCAGCUAUCAAUUUCAAUCCCCUUGGCUUCCUCAGACUUGAUCUCGUCCACUUGUUCUCCAGCCAAUGAGAAACUCACACUUGCUCCACUCAGACUGUCAAUGCCCGAAUUAGACCCGAUAAAGAUGGGUUUGGGAGUGGGUAGUAGCGGUGUCCUCAAUGAACCAAACCAAAGGCAAGCAAACUGGAUUCCUAUCUCAUGGGAAACUUCCAUGGGAGGUCCUCUUGGAGAAGUCGUGCAUCAUGGUAGUAAUAGCAGUGCAACGGACUGCAAGAACUCAUCUGCGCUGAACCUUAUGACUGCGGGCUGGGACAAUAGCCCUCCAGUAGGAUCAUCUCCAACUGGGGUCCUACAAAAGACAGCUUUUGGGUCUCUUUCUAACAGCAGUGCUGGGAGCAGCCCGAGAGCCGAGAAUCACAAGACAGUACUAGAAGGGGCUGGUGGCCAGUGUAAUGACCCCCUUGGCUCUCAACUCCUGUGAAAUAUUCCUCGUCCUUGCCUGCCUUGUAGACUUGACCUUUUCCAACUCAGAAACUGCAAGUAGUUUUAACUGUAAUGAGAAACAGAUUAUGUUAAUCUUUAUAAAUUCAUAACCUGUCUUCUUUUUUGGCUCA